AUCCAGCUUCCAGGAAGUGUCUUCUUGCAGCUCUGAAGAGGUACCUGGUGCGAAGAAGAAGGAGAGGAAGAAGUAGAGAGGGGACAGCAGCAGGAGGAGGUCAUUGCACGGAAAUGGCAGAUCCUAUGGCGAACGCCACAGGCUUUCCACUUAAUAGUGACGAGAGCACAGUCAUUCUACAUCUUUACCCAGCAAGUCAGAGUGGCUCAGACACGGAGGAAGAGAUGACUCAUAUGAAUGUUGGCCCAUUGAAAUAUUCAACUACUCUAACCAACCGGCAGCGUGGAAACAUGGUAUCUGUAUUGCCAGCUACACUGGACUCCCUAUCUGUACAUCAGGUUGCAGCUCAGGGAGAGCUGACUCAGCUAAAGGAAUAUCUACAGAAAGAUGACACUUUACUAAAUCGACCAGAUGAGCGAGGUUUUACUCCUCUAAUGUGGGCUGCUGCUUUUGGAGAAAUUGAAACUGUUCGGUAUCUCUUGGAAAUGGGUGCUGACCCUCAUAUCCUGGCAAAAGAACGAGAAAGUGCCUUGUCUUUGGCCAGCACUGGAGGAUAUUCUGAUAUUGUAACCCUGCUCCUAAACCAGAAGGUAGACAUUAACAUCUAUGAUUGGAAUGGAGGGACGCCAUUACUGUAUGCUGUAAGAGGGAAUCAUGUGAAAUGUGUGGAGGUGUUGUUGGAGAAAGGAGCUGACAUAACUAUGGAGGCAGAUUCUGGAUAUACCCCAAUGGAUCUUGCUGUGGCACUGGGUCAUAAAAAAGUCCAACAGGUCAUUGAACAUCACAUCCUGAAAUUGUUUCAGAGCCAAGUGUGACACAGUUGAGAGAAAUAAGUAGAGAGAUAUAUGAGCUCAUCUUCAUCUGCUGAGACAUCUGACAGAGGUCAUGGACAAGAUGUUACAGAACAUACUAAGCAAGAUGGUAUUUCUUUUAUAAAGGAAAAUAUUUUAUUGAAGCACUUGACAGAGGAAUGCACAUUCAGAAUAGAAAUAUCUUUUAAUCAACGUAUCCAACACAGUAUAUUGAAUGAAAAAUUCUAUGGCUUGUGUUGGGCAGCAGGAAUGGUACUUUAAAUGCUGGCUGCUGCCCUUGGUAAAAGUGCCUUGCCCAGCCAUGAUGAUGGAGGGCCUGUGUAGGUGGCAUUUUAGCAUAUCUUCUUCUGCAUCAAAUCAGGAACGAUGAAAACAUUAUCAUGGUAUAUGGUAAAACAGGUCAUCCUAAAGGGUAUAAGGUGUUUUAGGUGGAAGGUUUAUUUGAUCUAGAGCCCUUUAAACCCUGGAGAUGAUCCUAGUAUAUUUUCAUUAAGUUAAAGCUGCAUAUCUACGUCACACAACUUAUGAUGCAUAUGACACCUGCUUUAUUUACAUAAAUAUAUAUGCGUGCUUCAGUCAGGUAUAAUGUUGGCCCUAUGCAUGCAGAAGUUUAGCAAUGUAACAAAAAAGAAAUUCAAGCAUUUAUCAAAGCUCUCAAAAAAGGAUGUAUGACAUGCACAUACGGGCUCCAGAUUGAUUCUAAAUAAUGUUUUUUUGGGGUCCAAGUUCACAUAAGCCAUCAUUUUUUGGGGUUUCAUUGGGGACCAUUUUUUUUAAACCACAAAUAAUCGAUUAUUAGGCAUUAUUUAUAUUUCUGUGCUGCACAGUGGAAGACUCGCACAUGCCUGAGGGUAACUGGGUGGGUAGUAAGCAACAAGUUGUGAACAACACUGUAUCCUGGCCUAGGCCAACAAGGCCCAGACCUAGGGCAGCACGGAAAGAGUCCCCGCCGG